GGAAACUAACGAGCCUGCCCAGAUAGUAUUUGUACAAACACGCGACUCCUUCUCGUACACGUAUGACCUUUUUAACGAAAACUGGGUUUGCUUAGAACGCGGCUGGAAAGAAUACAAUGUUGAUAAUUCCGAGCACUGGAAUCUCUGGUGGAGAGCAUCCGGAUUUCCUGCUAACUAUUACAAAAAUCUAUCCGCCUCUCAAUUUAUAAACCAUAUACCCAAAGGUUCCUCGAUUUGCAGAAAAGAUAACUUGGUCAGGAAUCUACGUUGCAUGAAAAAGAUCUACGGUACAAUCUAUGAUUUUAGUCCACAUGGUUUCAAUCUACCCUUGGAAUAUACGAAACUAGCGGCGGAAUGCAAUAGAAUAAGAUUGAUCAGUUCUGGCGAUGAACUUGAAGGAUUCUACGAAGAUAAACCAAUAUGGAUUUGCAAACCUGUUGCUCAGAGCCAAGGGCGCGGAAUAUUUCUAUUUAGAAAAUUAAGUGAACUCAAUUACGAUACGAACACAAUUGUUCAAAAGUAUAUAGAGAAACCGCUUUUAAUCGGUGGUUACAAAUUCGACUUGCGUCUAUACGUCUGCAUCCCUUCGUACCAUCCAUUAACCAUUUACAUGUAUCAAGAAGGGUUGGUGCGCUUUGGCACUGACAAAUUCAGUUUGAAUGAUCUGAGCAACCCCUACAGGCAUCUGACGAACAGCUCAAUUAACAAACUGGGACCCGGAUACGCUGAAAUGAAAGAUCGAAUUGGCUCGGGUUGCAAAUGGACCUUGAAACAAUUGAGACGAUAUUUCCAGCAGGCUAAAAUUUUCGAUUGGUUGCUGUGGCACAAGAUUUCUGCUCUGGUGGUAUUAACUCUUCUAAGUCACGUUUCUGAUGUGCCUCAGACAACAAAUUGCUUUGACUUUUUCGGAUUCGAUGUUCUUAUUGAUGACCUUUUAAAGCCUUGGCUUUUAGAAGUGAAUCUGAGUCCGGCCUUAAGCUACGACUGCGACGCGGAUAGGGCCGUGAAGAAACCUAUGCUGCACGACAUGUUCGAUCUGCUCGGCUUUCCAUUGUACAAUACAGGCUUAGACGUUUUCAAUAUUUUCACGGACGAAUGCAAAGAGAACUACAGCAACAAUCAGCCUCAAGUAGGUCAGGCGGUAGGACGUUGGAAGAAAAAGCAAAGAAAAUCUGGUGUGAAACCAAAAACUUCAAGAGCAAACCAUCGUAAAGAUGAUAAACCUGUAGAAAAGAACUCUAGGAAUUGGGGGAACGAUAAGAACUGGUGUCAUCCUGCCAAUCAAGAGGGUGGAUGGAUUCGUCUGUGUCCAAUUGGAGAAUCCACUAAUCGGUUUACUUAUAGCAACGAUAGGGCAGCCAUAAAAUACAACGUCGCGGAGGUUAUUAAAUUCACCAGAAUUGCCAAAGAAGUAUAUAAGAUCCAUCCGCAAGCCUCCGAAUGCCAAUUAAAUGAAUUCCUCGUGAACCAGAUGGAAAUUACCAGCGAUCUGUGGAUGCCUCCAAUCUAAGACGCCGGUGUGCAAUGGAUUGCACAAGAGACACGAUUUAUUGCUUCAAUUAUUUGCCAAAAAAAGAGAAAGACAUGUUUACUUCUUAUUCCAUCCUCUUUACUAUUACACAACUAUUGCACAAUUUACCCGACCAAUCUUGCACCGA